AUGGCAGUGAGCAAAAGAGUGACUAUUGUAGCUGUAUUUGUAGUAUCAUUCCUUCUUGGUUUACCAGUUUGGUGGUAUACGACCACAACCUAUAGAUCACCUGUUGAAUUUGAACCAAUACUUAAAUACAAUCAAUAUAGACAAGAACUACAACAACUUAAAGUAACAAAUAAUAGUAAUAGUAAUAAUAAUAAUAAUAAUAGUAUAGUUGGACAAUGGCCAUCAUUUAUAGAUUUGAUUAAUAGAUAUCAUCAACCAAAUCAUGAUAAUGUCGUAAAGACUGCAACUGAAUAUUGUUUAUCUUUUACUCUAUUGAAUGCUGAUCCAUCAUCAAUCAUUCCUAAAUGGCAAUUUCAAGAACUUUAUAAUGCAAACUUGAAACAAUUUGUUGAUCAAAUAUCAGUGAUUGCAAACUUUACCAUUCAAUCAAAGGUUUCACAUUAUGCAACUCUAUUGAAAUCACCAAUCUACGACAAGGAGAGUAACUCUUAUUAUAUUCCAUCUGGGUCAUUGUCUGAAUACAUCAACCCUAAUGAAUGGCAACUAGACUCAACAUCAACCAAUCAACCAACACUUAAUUUUAUUGUAUACAUUCCACCUCCAAGUCAAUCACCUUUGUACAUUGGUAAACCAGGUUCACCAUCAUCUUCAAAGAGUAAUGCAUUUUCAAUCCCACAAUAUGGUGGUGUAGUCAUACAUAAUGUAAAUCAUCAAUCUGCUGCUGAUGCUACUUCAACAGUUACUGGAUCAUCAUCAACAACAACAGAUUUAACAAAUGAAUUACAAGAAGCAAUAUUGACAUUUAGAUAUCAAUUACAAGAUUUAUUUGGUAUUUCAAGAAAAAAGGAACAAUCACAACAACAAAACAAUAACAACAAAUCAACCAUUACAAAGAAUCAAUUAAACAAACUAAUUCUAAGAUCAUUGGCUGAUAAUGUCAAUGUUACUAUUGAUACAUUGACAAGUCUAUCAUCACUACUUGAUAGUUUGCCAAACAUGUUGGUGUUGGACAAUAUUAAAGAAAAGGUUGAUUUGGCAAUCGAACGUAUCAAUGCUACACACACUGCAUUUGCAAAAGGUGACUUUUAUGCUGCUUUGGCUGCCUCCAAGGUUGCUUUCAAUGCCGCUGAAGAAGCAUUCUUUGACGAGAAUAUGUUGUCUCAAUUGUAUUUCCCAGACGAACACAAAUAUGCCGUCUACACUCCUCUCUUUGUUCCAGUUUGUUUUCCAAUUAUUGCUGGUGUCUUUCAAGAAUUUAAACAUUAUCGUUUAAAAAAGUCUCAAAAGAAAACUAAAUAA